GGCGGGGCCGGUCCCACCAUGGACCGGAGGAAGAAGCCGCUGGACGUGGCCGCGUCCUCGCUGGUAGAUCUCAAAGCCGAACUCUUCCGAAAGCAAGAGGAAUUCAAGAAAGAAAAGCUAUUGAAAGAUGCUGGUGUCUUUGCAAAGCCUAGAACAUCUAAUAAGAAACCAAGUAUCUGGACCAAACAGAACACAGGAGUUGUAAAUCGAGCUGCGAAAGAUGUUGAGGAGAAGGCAGAAGAGCAGGAUAUAUUGGAUAAAUCAAGGAAGAAGCUUGAAGAGAAAGCAAAGCUGUAUGAGAAAAUGACAAAAGGAGACUUCCCAGAUGAAGAAACUGAGGAUUUGUACCUGGUGGAUUUCACUCAGAAGAUCAUAGACAAGCAGCACGAAGUACAGGAGCUGCAUCAGAGUGAAGGUACUGGGAAGACUUCAGAAAGAGACACAGAUGAGGAAGAAACUCAGCCUGAAGCAGACAUUCCACCGCCAGAGGACCCAGAUGAGGAAUGGGUUGAUUAUGUUGAUUUCUUGGGCCGAUCUAGACGCUGUAUGAAGAAGGAUUUACCAAGUCUACUCAAAAUGGAUCAGGAACUUCAAGGGAAAAGACAAGAACCUGAUGGGAAUACUCUGUUAUCUGAAGACAUGAGAAGAGAACUCCAGAGACAACAGUGGGAAAAGGAAGAAGAAGAAGCCCUCAGAAAACCCAUGGGACCCAUACAUUAUGAGGACAUCCGAGAAAAUGAGGCCAGGCAGCUCGGUGUUGGUUACUUUGCCUUUUCUCGGGACCAAGAACUCAGGCAUAAACAACGGGCAACCCUGGACAUGCUGAGGGAGCAGACACUUGAUCAGAGAAAUAAACGUGAACAGCUGAAGGAAAAGAGGAAGGCAGCUCUAGAUGCAAGGCUGUCCAAACUUCGAGCACGGAAGAUUCAAAAGUUAAGGGAAGCUGGAUUAGAGGAAGAGGCAGAAAAACUGGAGAAUGGAGAGGUGAAAGGUGCUGCUGAAGAACCAGAACCUCCAAGAGCUACUGCAGCAAGUAGGAAGGUAGAGGUUAUCAUCCAGGAAAGGAGAGAUACAAAGCCUGGAGUGCCUUAUGUCCGAGAGUGGGAUAAAGGCAAAGAACUGAUGUUUGGACAAUGGGAAAAGAAACAGGAAGAACUUAGAGAUGAGCGAGACCCAGAAUUUGCACCACCUUCUGAUUACUUUUUGGGACAAAAGAAAGAUGAUUAUUACCGAAGUCAGAAUUUUAACAGUUCUGAAACCUCCUCUGAAAACCUGGAAACGGAGAGAGCACAAAACCAACAGAAGCCAACAGUGCAGGGCAACGGCAGCAGCACUGGAGAUGUGCCACCAUCAGCACAGGCUUCCAACAACAACAUUCCAGAUAAGCCAGGGUCAGCAGAGCCCAGUGGCCGUGACACUCAGGGCGUGUCAUCAGCAGAGGAUGACAGCAGUGAGGACGAGGACGUGCUACCACCAGCACAGGCUUAUGGCUACGGUGCCCGAGGUGUGCCACCACCACUGCGGGGUUACAGCUACAGCACCCAGGGUGUGCCACCACCCAUGCCAGCCUAUGGCUACGGCACCCCCGAGGUGCCCUUCCCCGUGCAGGCCUACGGCUAUGGAGCACCAGGAAUGGUGCCACCAAUGCACGGAUACGGCUAUGGCACUCCUGAGAUGCCCUUUGCAAUGCAGGCUUAUGGCUAUGGCACCCAGGAUGUGCCACCAGGAAUGCAGAGCUGUGGGUGCAGCACCCAGGGUGUGCCACCGGAAAUGCAGAGCUGUGGAUGCAGCACCCAGGGUGUGCCACCGGAAAUGCAGAGCUGUGGAUGCAGCACCCAGGGUGUGCCACCAGGAAUGCAGACCUGCGGCUGUAGUGCCCAGGAUGUGCCACCAGGAACACAGGUCUGUGAUGUCAGCAGCCAAGAUGUGCCACCAGGAAUACACACUUGUGGAUGCAGCAGCCAAGAUGUUCCACCAGGAACACACACCUGUGGGUGCAGCAUCCAAGAGAUGCCACCAGGAACAGACACCUGUGGCAGCAGCACCCAGGAUGUGCCACCAGGAACACAGGCCAGUGGCUGCAGCACUCAGGAUGCAGCACCUCCAGUGCAGACUGACAGCAGUAACACUCCAAAUCAGGAACCACUUUAUCAAAGUUUAGAUGAUAUGCUCUCUUAUUAUAGACAAGUGACUUGAGAUGAGCAAAAAGAUAAGCAAGAACUAUUAUCUAAAGAACUGAAAUAUAAUUAAUUAUGUGCUCGGCAGAAUAUUAUUUUCCCACAUACGGGAAAAGUAAGUUUCUGUAAGUACAUCAAAAUAAAUCUCCUGGACACCUAAGCUGUUUUACAUCACAGCU